UAAUCGUACAGAGAGUCAGUCAGAGAGUACGUGUCGCUGCCUGUCGCUUCUUGCGACACGCAGCGCAUUGCCGCGUUCUAUGCACAGCCAUUAAGUUGUCACGCGAAAAGCUGGAUUGUCAACGGCCGAUGAUUGUUGAUCGUAUUACAAUUAUUACAUCGUGUCGUGACAUGUAAGUUAACGUCCUGGAAAGUUUCGCCUUGAACGCAUAAAGGAGUAUUACGGAGACGGAGAUGGAGCACGUUGACGGCCCGAGCUAUUUCGAAACGAUUUGGGCCCCGAUAGCUUCUGUGGGUUGGUACAUCGUAGGACUCGGGAUCAUCGCCUUGUACACGUUUCCACAUAUUCAAGAAAAAUAUAAGAGUUGGAAAGUCGGGAGGAACCAGCGGGAUGCCGCACUCGGCAAGAAGACCGACGAAAUGCCGCAGAUGUCAGCCAACGUGGAACUGGCGCGACAGAAGAUGCAAGAAGCGUACAAUAAGAGUUCUGCCGUAGCACAAGUCAAAGAGGAAGAGGUAUCUUUUUUCUACGCGUUAUUCGAUAUAUAUUAAGAUACAUCUUUGCACUUAUACU